AUGGCUGCAGAAAACCGCCGUGUGAUUAUGGUUUCCAAAAAGAGUCGCAGUGAUCCAGAUGAUUUUUGGAAGGCUACAAUGCCUGGGGAUCCUGACCUAGCUUCCACAAACAGGUUCACUUCUCCCCUCAGAGAGUCUACAGACAGGUUUACUUCUCCCCGCAAGGAAUCUACAGAGAGAUUCACAUCUCCUCUUAGAGAAUCCACAGAUAGAUUUACUGUUCCUUUGGAAGACACUUCAGAGAGGUUCACUGCUCCUCUCAGGAAGACAACUGAUAAAAACAGAGGAAGAAAUUCAAGUAAAUUUAAAAGUAAAAAGAGAGAUUCUUGGGAAGCAUCUAACCCUCCAAGCAGAGACAGAUCUCCCCACAAGUACAAUGACAAAUUUCGGUCAACAACAGGAAGAAAUGAAACUGACCCAGAAAAAAGGAGCCACUCAGCAGAUAAUUAUCAGAGAAAUGAGCCACUACCAAAAGAUAGGCAAUUAUUUCCUUCUAGAGAUUCUUAUGAUCAUUUUAGAGAUGAUGAUGAUGACAACAGGCAUAAUUCAUAUAAUUCUACCUAUGAUAGAAAUGAUUACAACAAUCAGCAAUCUUGUCAUGAAGAGAGUAGUUACUCUAAUCCUGAUGUUGUAAAAAGGCCAUUUUUAGAUGCUACAAUCCUUAUAACAACCAGCCAGCUGAGGAACUAUGCUGAACGAAUUGAGAGACGGUUAAAAAACCUAAAUAUGGCUACAGAGAUUCGUAACAUGCCCGAUUCCUUACUACAGAAUCAAGUGAUUGAAGACAUUGCUCGUCAAGGUGUGCUGUAUGUGAUCAUUGUUAACAGUCAAAAUGAGGCUCAUCAUUCACUGACAUUGCAUAUCUUUCAAGGAACUCCCCAGGAACAUAGAAACAUGCCUUCAGAUGAUGCCAUGAGUCUUGUGGCACGAAACUUUGAGCGUUAUCUCCAAGUUUUGAAAGAAAAGAAUGCUGGUCAUGCUUCAACUGCUGCCCCUUCUACUUCAUCUUCUUCCCAAUCCAUGGCCCCACCCCAAACUGCAACUACACCAUCAUCCCACCCUCCUUCCAAUCCAGUUCUUUCUUCACCUCAUCAGCAAGGUUUACCAUUCCUACCUCCUUCAGCAGAAAUAAGUUAUCUUUUAAAUUUGCUGGCUGAUUGUCGUCACCUGACACUACAAGAAUUGGAUAAAGUCCUUGAUUACUUACAAGAGAGAAAACGUGAGCUCUUGGAAAUACCACAGCCUAAAACAUCAAAAGGUGCUGGUGAUUUUUCUUCUGGAGAUGAUUUGCAGAGGAUGGAAAAGAAUCGUCUCAUGUCGCCUGUUCCACCAAAAACAGACUUCCAAUCCAAAAUUCUAACACAAAUCCUCAACAUUUGUCUACAAAUCCCUCAUUGGAUAGAAAUCAAGGCAGCUACAAUGCAUAUGGCCUUCCCCAAUCAGUGGAUCGUGCUGGCUCUCAAAUGA